AUGGCCCGCAAGAAAACUGGCAGCGUCGAAGAAGAUGAAGGAGCUGCGUUGGAGGAGCGGCGGCGCGUGCUCUUCCACGCUAGCUCUUUGAAUCGCUCCGACAUUAUCAAGAAGGUCGUAUCAGCAGCAGCGUCAAACAACGAUACGACAAUUGGUGCCGUUGCUUCUGGUUCGUCUUCGAGCACCAGCGGAGACUGCGACGUCGAGCGCGAGGUGCUAGGUCAUGUGGAUGAAAAUGGGUUGACUGCCCUCCACCACGCCGUGAAGAAGUCCUCGCUGGAUGCCAUUCGCGUCCUGUUGCGUCUUGGUGUGGACGUUACCGCAAGGGGAGGGGCACAAGGCCCGUUCCCGAACCUCACCGCAUAUCAGGUGGCUCUGUCAGGCGGGUGCAAGGGCAACCCGGAGGAGAUAAAGCAGAUUUUUCUCACGGAGGCGGUGCAGGCCAUUGCCGAAGGAGAUGCGGAGAGACUCGGGGAGUUCUUGGACGCCGGAGUAGAGGCUUCGUCCGAGUACGGCGCCGACGGGGGCAACCCCAACGCGGAGACUUCGGCUCGGGGGGGCAUGGGGGAAACUGGCCCCCAUGGAGCGGAGGAAGCUGAGGCGGAAGGAUCGAGGGUUUGGGAUGACGGCGGCAGGGGUGCGGCGGCGGACGACGUGGGGCUGUUUGUGGGAGAGCUGAGGGAAGCGAUCGUGGACCUGACGGCCGAAAGCGAAGAGCUGGAGGAGGAACUGGCGCACAGGGGGACCUUCGGCAUCAUCAAGCGAGCACGACAAACUCGGCAAGACUUGAUUCUCGCCUCUAGCGAAGUGGACACGGCCAACGCCCUGUGCGAUAAGUGGAGGGCGGAGGAAGAUGCAGCCUCUGAAGACAACGCGCGGUUACAGGCCCAAGUGAUAGAGGCGCAGUUGGCGGUGCAGCGCCACAGGGCUGGAUUGCAAGGCAGUGACGGCGACGAUAACAGAAGUAGCCCGAUCGCACGCGGGGAAAAAACACCACCGCCGUCACCCGCGCGGGAUCGACCGGAGGCGCAAGCCUCGAAAGCCUCCGCUGCGGGCGAGAAAGAACGAACCAAGAACAACUCCUCAUCGUCGCCGCGGACACAGCCUUCGCCGGAAAAUAUGACGGUCGCGGGCGGAGACGUUAGGGCGGGAGAAGAAGAAGGCGACGCAGAUUUGGAGAGGGACGGCGGCGUUGGUAACCCUGGUGGGACCGAGGACUCUAGGAGAACGGAAGAAGCUGAGGCCCUCGGGUCGCAGCUGCAGAUCAUUGCGAUGCACCUGGAGGACGAGCUGCGGAUGAUGCGAAGUCUGAUCGACGGGGAAGGUGCCGUGGGCGUCGUGCGGCGCAUACGCGCUCUCCGGGAAGAGAUCGAAGCUGCGGAGGAGGAGGCCCGCCAGACGUACGCCGUGUCGAGAUACCUGCAGGCGCGGGUAAUUGUCCUCCACGAGGCCGGCAACGAGCUCUUCGCCCAGCUAGACAGGCUUAACGGUUACCUACGCGAACCACCAGGGGCCGCCCUCCUCGCGAACGGUGAGCCUCCACGAGCGGCAAACAAGGAGGACAUCGACGACGACGAUAUUACGCUGGAGCGCGGCCACUACCACAGCGGUCCUGUGCCUUCGGGCAACGAGGAAGGGAAUACCCUGGAAUUGCGCAGUAUCAAUGGUGGUGAGGAUGAGCGCAGCGAGGAGAACAUGACGCAACCGCACGCCCCGCCCGACGAAGAUAGCCUAGCCCCGGCGGAGGAAGUGGCAGCCGAAGGCUCUGCGGCGGGUAGCACGUCUCCGAGACAGGAAGGCGGCGGUGGCGGUGGCCAUGAGGAGGGAGGGGAAGGAGAAGGCCCGGUUUUCGUUCGGCCGCAAGAGUUGCCAGAAGCCGGAGUGUUUGACAUCAGUGAUGCAGGAGAAGUGCAACCACCGUCGCCGGCCAAUUCUGUGGGAGAGGGAAGCGCGGCCGCAACGGAAGAAUCAGACACGGCAGGAGGAAGCGGAAGGGAAGGGAGAGCCAGGGCCCUCCUGAACGCGCGGGGAGUUGACACAAGAAGCACGGCGCGGAACGCGAAGAAAGUUACCGUCGUCCAGGACGUCCUCUCGGUGCUGUUCGGCUGGGAAGUGUCCUCCGAUGCGGAGAGAAAGGCAGCGCGUGGCGAGCUCGAGGAGAUGGGGUCGGGAGGGAAUUUUGGCGGAAGCGGUGGCAUGGCCGGGGUUAUGUUCGCAUGA